AUGGCUUCCAACGGCGAUUUCUCCGAUGAGGGAUCCCAGCCCGGCUCGCCUCUGCUCGAUGCCCACAACGCCCGCGGCGAGGUUGAAGACCAGGAGCCUCUCGAGGAAGAAAAGCCCGUCAAGUCAGCCAUGAAGAAGGCUGCUCCUCCUGCUCCUCAACCGCAGCGUCCUUUCCUCCCCGAACAGCCUAACCCGGAAACUCUCGAUCUGUCGAAAUUGACGCCUCUCACACCUGAGAUUAUCGCCAGACAAGCAACCCAGAACAUUGGCACAAUCGGACAUGUCGCUCACGGCAAAUCUACCGUUGUCAAGGCUAUCUCCGAGGUCCAGACCGUUCGUUUCAAGAACGAACUCGAGCGUAACAUUACCAUUAAGCUUGGUUACGCCAACGCAAAGAUCUACAAGUGUGACAGCCCCGCUUGCCCUCGGCCUACAUGCUACAAGAGUUUCAAGAGUGAGAAGGAGAUCGAUCCUCCUUGUGAGCGCGAAGGAUGUGAAGGUCGUUACCGCUUGCUGAUGAGCACUAUGCUUUCAGGAGCCGCGGUCAUGAGGGCUAGAACUGACCUCGCUUUUCAGGACGCCGCUCUCCUUCUCAUUGCCGGAAACGAAACCUGCCCUCAGCCCCAGACUUCCGAGCAUUUGGCCGCCAUUGAGAUCAUGAAGCUCAGCCACAUCGUUAUUCUCCAAAAUAAGGUCGAUCUUAUGCGUGAAGACAACGCCCUUGAGCACUACCAGUCGAUUCUCAAGUUCAUCCGUGGUACCGUCGCCGAUGGCUCGCCUGUUAUUCCCAUCUCCGCCCAGCUGAAGUACAACAUCGACGCUGUCAACGAGGCCCUCGUCCACACCAUCCCCAUCCCUCCCCGUAACUUCGAGGCCACCCCCCACAUGAUGAUCAUUCGUUCCUUCGAUGUCAACAAGCCCGGUGCCGAGAUUGACGAGCUUAAGGGUGGUGUUGCCGGUGGAUCUAUCCUGACUGGUGUUGUGAAGCUGAACGACGAGAUUGAGAUCCGUCCCGGUCUCGUCACUAAGGACGAGCAGGGCAAGAUUCAGUGCCGCCCCAUUUUCUCCCGCAUCGUCUCCCUGUUCGCCGAGCACAACGACCUCAAGUUCGCUGUUCCCGGUGGUCUCAUCGGUGUCGGUACCCGUGUCGACCCCACCCUUUGCCGUGCCGAUCGUCUCGUCGGUUUCGUUCUCGGUCACCGUGGCCGCCUUCCUGCUAUCUACACUGAGAUUGAGGUUAACUACUUCCUUCUCCGUCGUCUGCUCGGUGUCAAGACCGCCGAUGGCAAGCAGGCCAAGGUCGCCAAGCUCACCAAGAACGAAGUUCUCAUGGUCAACAUCGGUUCCACUGCUACCGGUGCCAAGGUUCUCGGUGUCAAGGCCGAUGCUGCUAAGCUCAGCCUGACCAGCCCCGCCUGUACAGAGGUCGGUGAGAAGAUCGCCAUCUCUCGCAGAAUUGAGAAGCACUGGCGUCUCAUUGGAUGGGCCAACAUUGUUGCUGGUAACACCCUCGAGCCCGUGCAGCAGUAA